AUGGCCGCGAUGGACGGUCGCGAUCGGCGGGCGAACCGCGGCGUCGCGGGGCGGCGUUGGGCGCGACACGCGCUUCUCAUCGCGCUCGUCGCGUCGGCCGUCGCGCGGGGCGGGAGCGUCUGGGAGCUGGAGCAGCUCUGGGAGGACGACAUCGUCGCUUACGUGCAGAGGUUCACGGGCGAUGUGGACAGGCAGGGGACCCCAAUCGAGUCCAAAUUCCUGCGAUAUGAGCAGACCGGGUGGUAUCAGAAGAUGUACGACCGAACCUCGGUCGGGAUGGACAAGGGCAAAGACAUCGUGGACACGGGUCUGGGAUACAACACCGAGUUUCCCGGCGCGGGUACCAAGGAGAACCAGCUGUACAGCAACUCGCUGCGCCGGUGCGGUCCGAACUUGGAGCGCACCCCGCAGCGCGAGCUGGGUUGCACCAACGAUCUGCCCCCCGGGUCUCCGUACGGAGACGUCGGCCAGCCCGGGCCCGGUCCGCAGCAGUGGGCGUAUCGCGGCAGCUCCCUCGGGCCCCCGGACGAACCCCUCGGGGACGAGGGAUGCGAUUACAAGCUCAGCUACGAGGAGAACCUUCGGUUGGGGUACGAGUGCUAUCGGCUGCCGCCGUUGGGCGGGGUGAGGGUGCCGGCGGCGGGGAAGCUGCCGGAGAAUCUGGGGUACUCGGUGGCCGGGAUCAGGCUGCCCGUCGCUGAGUGGCGGGACAGGCUCGAGCCGUACUACCAGAAGUGGUACGACAGCGCGCCGCUGCGGUGGGGCUUUGAGGAGGGGACUUUUUUCCCAAACUGGUUCCUGCGGUCGGCGGGGAUGCCCAACUUUGCCAUCAAGAAGCACUGCUUCCUGGACGCGCACGCGGGGCGGUACCAGCUGUGCAGCGCGUACCCGUGGGACAAGCGAAACCUCACGCACGGCUUACUUCACGUGCAGUCCGUGCCCUUCGUCCUGGGCAUGGGGGAUCUCACCUUCGAGGCAAACGGGGGAGAUUCCACGGUUCCCGACAUGCCCCGGAGCACAUUCCCGCUGGCGUCAAACGGCGAGGGGGUGCUGGGCGUCGCGCUCACCCGCGUGUCCGACGGCUCUCGCAUGGCGGUCAUGCCGGUGCGCGCGCGUCGGCACUGGGAGACGCUGGGUUGGACCAGCGAAGAUUUGAAGCCCAUGCGCGGUGAAAAGUUCACCCUGGACAUCUACGAUUACAGGGCCAGCGACUGGGGCUGGAUGGCGGUGGACACGUUCGUGGUGCCCGCGGCGUGGAUCCAGAUCGAAUCCGUGACGCCCAUCGGCGGCCCCAGGGCGGGCGGUACCCUCAUCGAGAUCGUCGGUAAGAACUUUGGGAACAGCGCCGACGGCAUCGUGGUGUUCAUCGGGAACAAGGAGUGCACGAGUCUGGGAAUGACGCAGGCUGGCUCGCUCUCGUGCAUAACCCCGCCGGGUGACGGCGCGGGCGUCACGGUAUCCGUCGUCAUCGGCGAUUACGACCGAGUCCUCCGCGCCGGUCCGUUUGGCGGGCACCAGGCGGGACACUGCGGCGAUGAGAGCGUGGCGUACCCGUUCUCGCCGUGCACGCUGGGAGAGGCGUCUCUGGAAGCCGGCGUCCCCAAGCGAGGUUUCACCUAUCUGGACGCUCCGUAUUGGAUAAGCACUCCCGUGGUGGAGGCGUACGAGGAUAAUCAGUACAGGUACAAGGCGGCCGCCGCGGACGACGAUAUCGGCUCUGAACUCAUCUACACCGCGGAGAUUUUACCGUCGUUUAUGCGGUUCGACCCUGCGACGCAGGUCAUCUCCGGGACGCCGCUGCGGGGGGACGUCAACUGCCGGUCCGAUAAGUGGCACCCGGCGGUGGACAGGUGCAGAGAGGGCGGUUUUCACAGGGUACGGCUCGCGGUGAGCGACUACACGUUCACGGUGUACCAGGAGUUUACCGUUCACGUGCUUUCCAACCCGUCGCCGUUGCUCGCUAUCGACAGGUCGUUUCACUGGCCGACGAUGAGGGAGGUUAACAUGAUGCGGGCCAGCGCGCAGCUCAGCAAGUACCACCUGAAGGUUCCGAGCGCUUUGAAGGCGAUGUCGCUGAAAGCAGUCGACUCCACCUUUCUACCCUCGACCGCGCGUGAUCCCGCGAGCGCCGCGUUGCGCACGCUGCUGUCCAAUCUGCUUCAAGAGACGAGGGUUCACGCGGCUGAGUCCAAAAUACUCAUAAAGGCUGUUCGCACGGCGGGGCUCGAGUCCGAGCAAGGAGACUUGAUCAGCGCCUUGGAGUCGGCGAUGCGAUCGCAGGAGUUACAGGUUGAACGCAACCGCGCGUCGCUGCCGUCGCUCGUGGGUGGAAACCCUGAGGGGUGGAUGGUGCAGCUGCAGGAUUUCAUGGAAAACUCCGCUCGCGGCAUGGACGUCAUCUGGCAGCCCGCGGGUGGUGGCGGCCCCGGCGUCUCGAACCAGCUCGUCUCCGGCGCUGGCCACCGUUACGGCGGGUUCCUGCCGAACGCGCCGGGGCCGGCGUAUCCGCUCGCCGGUCGCAGGCUCAACGACCUGGAGAUGGUCAUCACCGUGCCGACCAUAUGCUGGCAGGCGCAGGGGGACCAGCCGGACUAUCACCCCAGGAUGGUGUCGUGCUCCUUCCCCGGGUACCACGAGAUUCACAAGAUUUAUCUUCGAAUCGAGCAGGGCGGUUUGAGGUUCAUCGAAGGGCUCGUGGAGCCCGCGGAUUUUCCCAACGUGGACCUCAUAUCGUCCGCGUUGGACACCCAGGACCUGCUGGGUUUGGUGGAGUCGGUCUCGAGGCGCGCGGCGGCGUACGCGAAGCGUUGGGAGGAGCUCGUCGACCUGCCCGAGAGGUACGAGCCCACGUGGCAGCCGCACAGCAGCAUACUCACGAUCAUCACCAACGUCGGACACAACCUGACGGUCACGCUGGACAUCCCGCACGAGUGGCCGUGGCCCGCUGACGGCGAGCUCAAACCGUCGGCCAUACGGGUGUUGGCGUCGGAUGGAAUUCCGUACCACAGGGAUGAAGCCAUCGACUCAAUCUCGGCGGAGCUCGCCGCGGACGCCGCGAGAGCCGGCGGGAAUAACCAGGGCGGACUCGCGUCCAUCCUCGAGGGACUCGAGAACAAGCUCCGCGUGUACGCCAGCCGAUGCAGGAACGACUGCGAGCGCAACGGCUUCUGCGACACGUCCGUGUUCCCGCCCGAGUGCAGGUGCUACGCGGGUUACACCAACGACGACUGCUCCCACGUGGGUUGCCCCAACGACUGCACCAGCCGCGGCGCGUGCGACGCGAAACAGAUCUGCGAGACGGACCACGAGACCGGGGAGAUUGAUUGCGUGGGCGGCACCGGCAAGUGCUCCUGCGUGGAUCCGUUCUUCGGCGCGGAUUGCUCGCUCCGGCCGUGCGCGAAGCGCUACCUGGUUCGCGAAAACGUCGACGUCUCCCUCGGCGAGGCGUACUUCAAGUCGCUCUACGAGGCGAUGGGGUGGGAGGUGUCCGAGGUGCGUCUCAGCGCCACGAACGGUGACCCGCCGCCGCCGGGGUCCAUCGCCGGGGACCGGUUCUCCGUCGCCGCAUCCGCGAAGGGCGUCGCGUACAUCGUCUUCGUGAACAGCGAGGACGCCAUGGCCGCGAGGUCGGUGGACCCCUUCUACAGGGAUUCCAUCCCCAGCCGCGGGAUCGCGGAGCUCGCGAGGGAUUUCCCCGAGGAGCUCCGCGCGCAGGACGCCCGCGAGCGGCACCUGCUGAGUUUGUUUGGGGAGGUCCAGACGGAGUGCACGGGCCGAGGCGCGUGCGACUACGGCGCGGGCGAGUGCUACUGCGCGUCGCGAUACUUUGGUGACGCCUGCGAGUACACCUACUGCGCCAACGACUGCAACGGUCACGGCCGGUGCGACUUUGUCACCGGCGAGUGCGCGUGCGACCGCAACUACGAGCCCGACUUGCUACUCGGAUGCAAGCUCCGUAAGCUGUAUCUCGCGACGACGACGUGCGAGGAUGCCGCCAUGGACGCUCGCGUCGACGCCGGCGGGCGGCGGGUCACGCCGCUUCACCUCUCCUGCAUGAUGGGCGUAGCUCUGGGCGCGAAGGCGACGCGGGAGCACUGCCCCGAGGCCAACGUGCUCACCGGCGAGAAGGGCGACUGCUACACCAAGUUCCCGAGCUACGCGUACGACGACGGCGCGGGCGGCUCGAGCGAGCUCCUGACGACGACGACGAAUCCGAUUUGCAGCGACUGCUCCGGGUACGACCUCCGCAACAUCUCGCAGAUUCACCUGUACGCGGAGGAGCCGUGCCGAUCGGUGCUCGGGGUGAGGACGAGCGAGUGCGUCGAGGGCCGGGUCGCCAGCGACGUCGUCCGCGGCCUCGGCAUGCUCCCGUCGACGGAUCCGUCCAAACCCACCGAGAUCACGUUCAACCUCGAGACGAUGCGGAAGAAGGACAUGGCGUUCUCCAGAUUUUACGCCAGGCCCGGGAUCGUGCGAAGGCUCUACCACUCGGUCGAGGACGGCGGUUGCGGCGCGUGCACCGACGAGGCUCCCCACUGCGGCGCUCGUUUCGUCGUGUUGAGGGACGGCGUCGCCGCGUACGACGCCGUGGUGGCGGCGAACACCACCAUCGACGUGGACGUGAGAAACGCGUCGACGCUCACGCUUCGAACCGGGACGGUGACACCGAGUUACUGGCGCCUGGGAGGCGGGUUGAGCUACGGAGGGGGGGAGCCGCCGGCGCUGGCGAGGGAACCAGUCAAGGCGAACUUCUGCGACGGCGCGGCGUGGGCGGACGCGGCGCUCGUGUAGAGAAUGUAGACUAGUAGAGUUAGAUAAAUCUUAGAACGCUAAGCGACGUAGACUGA